AUGGGUCGUGCCACAGCUUGUCUUGUUGAUCAGCUGCGCGCCGGCCUCGAAGAGACCCGUUUCAACCACAACCUUGGGGUGCUGAACAAGCAGGGAACAGUGCUACAUCAUGCCACCCAACAUCUCCUCACCAUGCCCAUUCUGUUGAUCAUGGUGAUGUUGAAGAGAGCCCCGUGGAACAUCGCAGCAGCGCUCACCGACAAAAAUGGAAUGCCGCCGUCAUUCGAGGGCCACAAGGGUCGAAGAAGCGAGUGCCUAAUCAUA